GGGCUACUUUCAAAUUUGAAUCAACAGAUGAAGAUAAAAGAAAGAAACUCUGCGAAGGCAUAUUUAAAGUCCUGGUAAAGGAAGUCCCAACAACGUGUCAAGUGUCCUGCUUGGAAGUACUCCGUAUUCUCUCCAGAGACAAAAAGAUUUUAGUUCCAGUAACAACUAAGGAAAAUAUGCAGAUACUGCUGAGACUAGCCAAGCUAAAUGAGUCAGAUGACUCUUUGGAGAAGGUGUCUGAGUUCCCCGUUAUUGUGGAAUCGUUAAAAUGUCUAUGUAACAUAGUGUUCAACAGUCAGAUGGCACAGCAGCUCAGCCUGGAACUUAACCUUGCCGCAAAGCUCUGUAACCUCCUGAGAAAGUGCAAGGACCGAAAAUUUAUCAGUGACAUAAAGUGCUUUGACUUGCGCUUGCUCUUCCUCCUGUCACUUUUGCACACCGACAUCAGGUCACAAUUGCGCUAUGAGCUCCAGGGACUACCGCUGCUAACCCAGAUCUUGGAAAGUGCCUUUAGCAUCAAGUGGACCGAUGAGUAUGAGUCGGCCAUAGACCAUAAUGGACCUCCUCUCUCACCUCAGGAGACAGACUGCGCCAUCGAGGCUCUCAAAGCUCUCUUCAAUGUGACAGUAGACAGUUGGAAGGUGCACAAAGAGAGUGACUCUCAUCAGUUCCGUGUCAUGGCAGCUGUCCUUCGCCACUGUUUACUAAUCGCAGGUCCAACUGAAGACAAAACAGAAGAGCUGCACAGCAAUGCAGUCAACCUUUUAAGCAAUGUUCCGGUCUCUUGUUUGGAUGUUCUCAUUUGUCCAUUAACCCAUGAAGAAACAGCCCAAGAGUCGACGACUCUAGAUGAACUGCCCAGCGAUAAAACAGCUGAGAAAGAGACAGUUUUGAAAACCAGUGCUGUGGUGUACAAUGGUAUGAACAUGGCCGCCAUUCAUGUCUUGCUCCAUUUUAUGGAGAAGAGGAUAGACAAGGGAAGCAGCUAUAGAGAGGGUCUAACUCCAGUUCUCAGCUUGUUAACGGAAUGUUCCCGAGCCCACCGAAACAUCAGAAAAUUCCUGAAAGAUCAGGUUUUACCACCCUUGAGGGAUGUCACAAACCGACCAGAAGUUGGCUCAACCGUGAGAAACAAGCUGGUGCGCCUCAUGACACAUGUUGACCUUGGCGUCAAGCAAAUCGCUGCUGAAUUCCUUUUUGUCCUUUGCAAAGAGAGAGUGGACAGCCUGCUGAAAUACACUGGCUAUGGGAAUGCCGCAGGACUGUUGGCUGCCAGGGGCCUCUUGGCUGGAGGAAGAGGAGAUAAUUGGUACUCAGAGGACGAGGACACAGACACUGAAGAAUACAAAAAUGCAAAACCAAACAUUAAUCUUAUCACUGGUCAUUUAGAGGAACCAAUGCCAAACCCCAUAGAUGAAAUGACAGAAGAACAAAAAGAAUAUGAAGCCAUGAAACUUGUCAACAUGCUUGAUAAACUUUCCAGAGAGGAGUUGCUUAAACCAAUGGGACUAAAACCUGAUGGGACAAUAACGCCUUUGGAGGAAGCACUCAACCAGUACUCUGUCAUCGAAGAGACCAGCUCUGACACAGACUAAAAGCAUCACCUGCUCAACUCUCAAUAUUGCUUUUAUCAGCGUCUUUUCUCUGUAGCUCCAGGGGAAUCUUUUCUCUAAAACAUUUAUGCCCUUGCUUUGGCUAGAAACACAUUAACUGGUUUCCUCCUUGAGAAUCCAGCAUAUGUAAGAGGCGAUCCUGUGUGUUACGAUACUGAGGCAUUCGUCCCGAGCUGCGGUCAGACGACUAAGGGACCAGAGGCAGAGCAGCGUGGCCCAUCCUGUCAGGGUGGGUGAAGGACUUCACUCUGCGCGGCAGCCUGGCUGAGUCUGCAGAUCUCUUUGCCGAGGUUCUAACAGCGGAUCUGGCCUGUCCUUCCUCAGGCUCGCCCGGGGCAGCCCCUUCCAAAUGCCUCAGCCGCCAGAGGCGCGUGCGAGUUGGAUGAGCUGGUCAGGGAGGGCUGAGCAAGGGGCUCUUUAGAUCGGACCGACUGAAUGGAAGCCGGGCAGCUGCUCCGUCAAUCUAGCCCCAUUCUUCAUUUCAGUUUUAUAAAAAUUCAAAAACACACACACACACACAUGCACUCGGAGCCCCACACUUAACAGACUGAUCUCACCCUAAAUGUCUGUACGUCACUUACCAGAAACUGCAGAUAUACCCUCCCUAUAAAGAGUUACGGAUGAUGGUUUGCAAAUGCCUAUCUCUGACGUACGAGCACUGUACCGCAGAAUUGACCUCCAUCUGUACCAUGGCAUGGGGAGCACACACUCUGAGGCAGAGCCUCAGGUGCCGGGAACCGCACCACCUCCGUCUGGAGAGGGAAUGGGGACCCCCUGAGUAAUGGGGCGGGGGUCAGCAGCACCCAUUUGUACAUAAAGGUCAUUCAUCUGUCAUGUGUUUCAAACUGGGGUCAGCGUGUGUGUGUGUGUGUGUGUGUGUGUGUGCGCGCACUCACAUGUGCGCUACCUUUCUACCAGAUGUGAUCAGUUAAAUGGUAACUUUAUUUAUUUAAAAAAAGAAACAGUUACCAUUAAACUGAUUGAGGCUGUUCAUUUUUACCGUUAGAAUUGGUCAUUUGAAGUAGAAACGCACUUAUACAACAGACAGUGGGCCUAGUAGAUGGAUAGCUAAAGUUGAAAAGGGUUGGUUUCCUUUUGUAUGUACGUAUGUGUGUGGGGACACAGACACACAUACGUACACACACACAGAUAAUGUGCUUAACCACUGCCUUUAAAACUUUAAAUAAAACAUUGGGGUUCAUUCAAUGUAGACAUCUGUGUGUUUCUUUGUAGGGCUGAGCAGUAAGUAGUCUGCAGUCCGUGCUUUUCAGAAGUCCGUUUCGUCUGUCCUCCCAUUUGUCCUCAUGAUAGUCUUUAAAGACAGGUAAGGUAUAGGAGGGAUUAGUGACAGAGCCAGGCACCCUGAAGUUUCUCCUCUGGCAAAUCGUAGGUCCGGAAUCGGGUCUCCUGAUGCCUUUGAGCAGCCGAAGAGACCUCCACUCACAGAUCUUCAAGAAUACCUUUGGCCUCUGCUAAAAUGUGCAUACAUUUCUAGAUCCUGAGGUAUCUGGCUUUCUAGCCAAAAAAAGGUUGUUGAAAACUAGAUGUUAAACUGUUCAAGGCCUAGCAAAUCAGGGCUGUCUGCUUACUAAGGAAUGCUGUAGUUGGCCCAGAAAAUACAUCUUUAAUUAUUUGACCUAUAACCUAAGGAAGUCUCAUAAGGAUGGCCCUUAUCAUGAUGAGUUUCUUGUUUAAAGGAAUAAGUGAAACCCUUACUUAAUAAGAAUACUUUAUAAAAGGCUGGAAAGAAUAUACAUUUUAGAAUUUUCAUGCAAAAUAGUUGGAGACAUUGUGGGGUAACCCAUGUUUUAACCAACAGCAAGUAAAAUGGAACUUGGCAAUUAAUCAUUUUAAAUAAAUGAAAAAAUAGGAAAAAAGAAUGUAGGUAUUUUUAUUUCAUUCUCCAAAUGCAUUUUUAAAGUAUUUUUAUAAUUUCUACAGUCAUAGCUUUGGUAUGCCUGUCAGCCUACGUAAAGAAAUGCAUCUAGACUGUGCUGCUGGCUCUGUGUGAGAAGUUCUCCGCUCUGCUUGCAUUGAGUUCUGUUUCAUUUUACCUUUUUUAAAGAGGAAAAACUGGCGGGGAGAGACUAUGAGGGUGGCCUCACUUGGCACAUGGAAAGAGAAUGUACGCUCGGUGCGGGCCCCUCCAUGUUCUAUCCUGGAGCCUCCAGGGACCGCUGUGAGUUCCCCAGUCUCAUGGCCAGCAGCUCCCAGUUCUGGGGGCCUGACACACACACCCCACCCCCGCCCCCAUGCCACACACCUGGACCACAUGUGCCUCCCUAGGCCUUGAAGUGCAGGGACCAGCGUGGGCUUGGAGGGCGGUCAUUCUCGGCCAUCUUAAGCAAUAACCAUUCCAGCACAAAGAGGCAAAAGAGACCUAAUCAGGGAGGCAGCCUGGAGGGUGAGGAACUCACUCGGCUAGCACGGGCUUUCAGUGAAGACCUGGACCUCUGCGGGGCAGGCGAGGGGCACGGGCUCCCCCGGCCAGCACACUUGCAGGCCUCUCUGCCAUGGCCCGACUCACCUUGGAAGUGAAGGCUGAAAGAACAUGUCCUGCAGUAAGGCUUUUGGGUAAUAGGUGAUGAGGAACAGCCCGGACGGUGGCACUGACCGGCCCUCCGUGGAGACAGCUGAAGCCGCACAAGUGACUUCAGACCACUAGGACAGCAGCAGUCUUCCCGCCGCCCCAGACUGGGAGUCACUGCAUGACUUCUGUUUAUAAAAGUGUGUUCACUGUGGAAAGCUUGGAAAAUACAGAAAGCAAAAUUUGCCCCAAAUCCCACCACUCUGAGGUUAUCACUGUUAGUAUUUAGUGUACUCCCUUCUUGUAUUUUUCUAUGCAUAUAUAAUUUAUUUUACUACAAGAUUGAGAUCAUGCUGUAUUUACAGAUUUGUAUCCUGCUUUCUUUAACAAUUGUGAG